AUGCCGAACUUUGGCGAUUUGCUGAUGAAAGGUGCGAAGACGGUUCUGGACCAGCAGCUAAACAAACGGCAAAAUCCGAAUUCCGCGAGUGGAGGAGGCGGACAAAAUCAAUACGGCGGCUCUUCUUACGAUCAAGCAAAUUAUAACCAACAGAACAGCCAACAGAACAAUAUGAGCGGUUUUGGCGGUGGAUACCCACAACAAGACGGCUAUUCCGGUGGCGGGGGAUACCCACAGCAAAAUCCUUAUGGCUAUCCAUCACAGCAACCACCUAGUGGAACCUAUCCAGCACAAGGAGGACAAAACAGUUCAUACGCCGGUCAGAACUCACCUUAUCCUCCAUCUGGUGGAUUUCCCAAUCAGCCCUAUCCGCCUCAGUCUUCUGCUUACCCUGGACAAAAUCAAGGUGGUUAUCCACAAAUUGGCCUUGGUGGAUAUCAAGAAAUGCCCUCAUCUGGUGGGUAUCCAUCUGGUGGAGCUGGAUAUAAUCCGAAUAUCGGUCAACCAUCCCAAUCAAUGCCCUCUUAUCCAGCGGCUCCAACAUAUCCAUCAAUGGGAUCCGGAUUUAAUUCAAGUGGAAGCUUUCACCAGCCACCAAUGCAUCCAAUGGGAACCGGUGGAGGAGCAAUGUUCGGCAAUCCCUCAAUUCGUCCAAUUGGCUCUAAUGCAAAUGCGGACGCGGAGACUUUGAGGAAAGCGAUGAAGGGACUCGGGUGUGAUAAUGCGAAGGUGAUAUCCGUUCUCUGCGCUCGAACCAACAUGCAACGACAAGAGAUCGCAAGAGCUUUUAAGGUGAUGUACGGAAAAGAUUUGAUUCAAGAACUCAAAAGUGAACUGCGAGGAGAUUUCGAGGAUCUGAUCAUCGCUCUGAUGACCCCACCGGCUCAAUAUGAUGCUCAACAGUUACAUCGAGCUAUGGCUGGAAUCGGAACGAAAGAAUCGGUGUUGAUCGAGAUUAUGACCUCUCGUACAAAUGCUCAAAUCUUCGAGAUCCGUAAUGUUUAUCGAGCCAUGUAUCGAAGCGAUUUGGAAAAAGAUUUAAUUUCCGAGACUUCGGGGUGGUUUAAACGUCUUUUGGUUUCUAUGUGUGCUGGCGGAAGAGAUGAGAAUAACUUCACUGAUCCUCUUCGAGCAAAUCAGGACGCGCGAAAACUUUACGCAGCUGGUGAACGUCGAUUGGGAACUGAUGAGGCGUGCUUCAAUUCGAUUCUCGCCGCACAAAACUAUGCCCAACUACGUCUUGUUUUUGAUGAAUACCAAAAAGUCUCCAAUCACUCGAUUGAACAAGCAAUUGACGCAGAGUUCAGUGGAGAUAUCAGAGAUGGAAUGAUGGCUUUGUGCACGGUUAUUCGCAAUCGAGGCGCCUAUUUUGCCAAACUUUUGCAUGAUAGUAUGAAGGGUUUGGGCACACGUGAUAAUGAUUUGAUUCGUCUCGUUGUUACUCGUUCCGAGAUCGAUUUGGGCGAUGUGCGCAACGAGUUCCAGCGUCUGUACAAAACUCCUUUGGAGAACAUGAUCAAGGGCGAUUGUUCUGGAUCGUACAAAGAUGGAUUGAUCGCUCUUGUUCACGGAAAUCAAGGCGCACAGCACUUU